GUGGCUCGCUGUGCAGUUUGUGUGCUUGUUGAGAACCGCAUCUGCCUCUGGUUUUGCUGAACUCGGUUUUUCCGAGACCCUCGCUGCUCAUAGGCUCAGUUUUGCCUUGCCAGCUGCACCCGGCCAGUUUCUGUGGCAGAGGAGGCCACAUCUGCUUCCUGAGGGCCCCUGGGCAGAAGCAUGCAGUGGUGUCUCCUCCUGAUCUGGGCUCAGUGGCUGAGGCAGGCUCCCCUCCUGGCGUCAGGAGCGGUGACAGGCAGAAUAGCGACCGUGGGGAACAUUUCUGCAGAGGAAGGCGGCUCUGUCACCUUACAAUGCCACCUGUCCUCCACCACAGCCACGGUGACUCAGGUCGACUGGAAGCAGCAGGACCAAUUUCUGGCCAUUCAUCACGCGGAGUCCGGGUGGUCCAUCUACCCAGCUUUCAGGGAGCGAGUGGUCCCCCGCCCCAACCUGGGCCUCACCCUGCAGUCCCUGACUACGAACGACACAGGGGUGUACUCCUGUGUCUAUCACACCUUCCCUGAUGGCAUUUACAGAGGGAGAUUCUUCCUGGAGGUCCUACGAAGCUCAGGGGCUGGGCACAGCGCUGGGUUCCUGAUCCCGCUGCUGGGAGUCCUGUUGCUGGUGGUCAUCUGCACAGCGGCCACCAUGGUGGUCACGUUGGCCAGAAAGAAGAAAUUUCUCAGAAUUCGUUCUGCAGAAAGUGGCCUCAGGAGAGUGCCCUGUGGACAGGAGGAAUGGGGGCUCAGGGUUCCGGCCUCCCCUACAAGCUGCGUCCUGACAGAAGCUGCAGCUGCCGGCCCAUGCAGAGAGCAGAGGGAUGAUGACUAUGAUGAGCCGCACGACUACUUCAACGUCCUGAGCUACAGAAGCCUUGGGGACAUCAGCUUCCCAGCAGAGACUGGUUAGCGGCAAGGGGCAUCUUCUGGGAGACACAGCCUGACUAUGUGUAGGGUCUGCACUCUCCAUCACUGCUGUGUGUGUGUGUGUGUGUGUGUGUGUGUGUGUGUGUGUGAAUGAUUGCCAUCCUCAUCUCUGUCUGCAUUUCCUCUCCCCCUCCCUUCCACUCCAUUGUGGCAGACCAGGGUGAGCAGCUUGAGUCUUGAUUAUGAAUGCGAUGUUGAAAACAGUGUGACCUGAUUUUGAGUCUGGCAGUUUAAGCCAAUUCUGUGGCUCUGGACAAUGUGUUCCUCCUAACAGCACUGGGUCGGGGCCCAGGUGACAGGGUUUUGUGGGGGAUGAUGAUGACAAAAACACAUUGAUGUGAUUGCAAAAACACAUUCUUCUCAUUUCUCACUGUCCUUUCCAUCAGCAGUUACACAUUCAAGGCAUUUUAGGAUUAAGCUUGGUCCCAAGCUUCUGAGGGGAGAAAGGAGGAUGACUAAACCAAGGUCUUGAGUCCCAGCCCUUUGAGAACUUCCGUUAAGUGCGGAGAUAACAUUCCCAUGGAAAGGUGGUAAGGGGUAAGGAUGUAAGACCCAGGCCUGUGGGAACAUAUGCCAGUUUGGUGGAGGUGGUCAGCAUAGGCAUACCUGUGGUGAAGUGGCCCAGGAGGAUGGGGAACAGAGGGGCUGGUCUGGUGAGAGCAGGUUUUUAUCCAAGGAACUUGCAGAAAACAAAGUCGGGAGCUAAAGCCUCACAAGGAAGACCCUGGUGCCAAGGGAACCAACGAGACUUCAGAUUCUAUUCUCUGGGCAGCGAUUCAAGUCUCCUCUUGUUGGACCUACUCAGCGUAUAGCGAUGGGCUGUAUGGGGGCUUCAGCCUCUUCCAGCCGAGCACUGGGGGAGCCACGGAAAUGGUGCAUGUUCACCGAGGGGCCUGUGUGACCCACGUUUUCUCUGUCAAUCCAACACCAAACUUUUAAGAAAGAAUCUGUUUCCCUCUAAAAGGGAAACCUAGAUUUUUAAAACAAGGACUCUUCCUAGGAAAAGAUAUAAAAUGAGCGCGAUAGUUUCUAAAAAUGUACACCCCCACGCUAUCUUCUCUGAAUGCUUACAUUCAGUCCAGGCCUCUUCGUGCUGGGGUUGGGUGGCAUCGGAGCUGCUCACUUGUGUUCAGGUGGCAUUUAGGCUUUUAUGCUCCCACUGUCUCUCAGAGAAACGAGGAGGGAGGCUGACUUACAGGUGAGUGAUUUUCUUCCACGGGCACAGGAACCGAGAGAGAAUGCGAAGCAAAGCUGUCUCCUGCCAACCAUUACAAUAACGCAUUGCUCUGCUCCCCAGAAUCAGGCUGGUUGAGCAAGAAGACAAUGGAACUCCUACUCCUCCUUGGAUUUUUAUUUUUAUGUUCUCACUUUUCAACCAAACAGGUCUGUCGUUAGGAGCAAUGAGCUGAAAUCUGUCCAGAGUGCCAUUUUGUUUGGAAGAAAGAGAGACACAUGGACAACACUGUUAUUUGCCAUGGCAGUCAGUACACAGCACUUUUCUUGCAAAACUAGUGCAAAUUUGUUGGUAGUAGAACACAAUCCACAGACAGGAAAUGAAUGAAGAUGGGAUGACGAAAAGGGAGUGUUGUUUUGCUUUGAUGGAGACACCUAUUGGGUCCAGGUAGACUGAGAGUUGGGUGUUAUUGAACACGAUUGUGGCAACUGGAAACAUUUACAAAUUCCAUUUGGAGUUGAUAAAAACACAGAAGUACCCAGAUAUGUCGUAAGUGGGACAGGUGACUAAAAUAAGAUGGAAUUCAACGAAAAUAAAUUUUAAAGUGGAAUUCAAUGAGCUAGAUUUUCCUUGGAGAACCAGAGGAGACAAUCCCGUCAAAGCCAGAUUCCUGGGGUCAGUCCAGGCCAAUAGCCACUCUCCACAUGCAGCUAUGAGCAAGGCAGAUGUGUUGUGAGUGUAAAAUACACAUCAGGUUUUGAAGACUUAGUGUGAAUAAUAAGAAUGUGAAUGAUCACAUCAGUCACUUAAAAUAUUGAUUACAUGUCAAAAUGACAAUAUUUUGGAUAUGUUGGGUUAAAUAAAACAUAUUAUUAAAAUU